CCCAGCAAAAAUUAGUAAAUAUGUCAAAAACAUUGUCGCAGACUUUUAACAGUGUACGUGGAAAAAAGUAUGAAGCGAAAUCAUUUAAUUAAAGGAAAUAAGUAAAACGAAAAACAUAAUCUCAAAAAGUGUUGAUAUUCAAUUUUAUUCAUUGAAGGCAUAAUUUAGGACGAAGUAAAGUUUUCAAGACGCACGGUUGUGAAAAGCCUCAAGACUUUUUGAUGCAAUUUUGACGUUUAUCCUGUCAAAUUCCGUGAGAGUCGAUUACAUUUUUUUUCUAAAAGUAGCGAGCGGUGCUUCAGUCUUUUGGAACUCUUGUGGAAGUUUGUUCGCGUCCUCGGUUCUUUGUGACUUAUUGUGAAGUCACACUCAGUGACAGAUUGAUUUUACAUUUUCAGUCCAAUAAAAAAAGGUACAGAAAAUUGUCCUUGUGUUGUUUUGUAAAGAAAAAGGAGAAACGAACACUUGGUGUGUAUUUUUCGUGUCAAAAUAUGAAUUUAUUGGAUUUCAUUCAAGUGCUCAUAAUAUUAUAUUGAUUUGAAUGUUCGAUGCAUCCAUCAAAGCAGCCAUAAAACAACUUGAAAUAUUACGAACAUCUAUGACGCCAUCUAUAGUAUGAAUAAUAAAGUACUAGGCCAUCAACGGAAAAUGGAACUAUGUUGUAGAUGCGUUUAUGUUGACGAAACAAAGCUUUACAGAAAGUGCAAUGUUGAGUAAUUUUUACUGAAUCGUUUAUUCUGUUAGUGAAUUGAUAAUACAUUCUUUCGUUGUGACGUGCAGUAAGGGACACAUGUGAAUUGAUGAAUAUACGAAUCGAACAUUUUUAUAGUGAUAUAAGAUUGUUUAGUGGACCAAGAAAAACCUUAAUUAACAGAAAAUUAUAAUUUGUCUUACGAGAAUUUAUAGUUGUACCUAUGCAAAUUUUCUGAACAAUUUGUGUGAAUAUGAGCACCUUGGCAGCAACUGGAAAUAUGUCUCCAGGACCAGCACCAGCACCAUCCCCAGAUCCAGAUGUUGACGAUGCCAGUUCAAAACGACAGGCGACAAGAGUGUUCAAGAAAAGUUCUUCGAACGGAAAGAUCACGGUUUAUCUGGGUAAAAGAGAUUUCGUAGAUCAUAUUACUCAUGUGGAUCCGAUCGAUGGCGUUGUGUUAAUUGAUCCAGAAUAUGUAAAAGAUCGGAAAGUAUUCGGUCAUGUCUUAGCAGCAUUUCGAUAUGGUCGUGAAGACUUAGAUGUGUUGGGAUUAACAUUUCGAAAAGAUUUGUAUUUGGCACAGGAACAAAUUUAUCCUCAAACAUCCAACGAUCGACCACUUACGCGACUACAAGAACGUUUAAUUAAAAAAUUAGGUCAACAUGCAUUUCCAUUCUAUUUCGAAGUUCCUCCGCACUGUCCAGCAUCCGUUUCGUUACAACCAGCACCGGGCGAUACGGGAAAACCAUGCGGUGUUGAUUAUGAAUUGAAGGCGUUUGUUGGUGAACAUAUAGAUGACAAACCACAUAAACGGAAUUCGGUUCGUUUAGCAAUUAGGAAAAUUAUGUACGCUCCGUCAAAACUGGGUGAACAACCAUCCAUCGAAGUUAGCAAGGAAUUCAUGCUGAAGCCAAAUAAAAUUCAUUUAGAAGCAAGUUUGGAUAAGGAGUUGUAUCAUCAUGGGGAAACAAUAUCAGUCAAUGUCCAUAUUGCCAAUAAUUCCAAUAGAACUGUUAAGAAAAUCAAAGUUUCUGUUAGACAAUUCGCUGAUAUUUGCCUUUUUUCAACCGCACAAUAUAAAUGUACCGUCGCAGAAAUAGAGUCCGAAGAUAAUCCGGUCGGACCAGGUUUCACACAAUCCAAAGUACUCAUCGUUAAGCCCGAGCUCAGAAAUAAUAAAGAUAAACGUGGACUAGCACUCGAUGGUCAAUUGAAACAUGAAGACACCAAUUUGGCGUCGAGUACGAUGACAAUUAGUUGGAAAUCGUUAUUUAAAUGGUGGUUAGAGGGAAGUAUUGUACAACCUGGCUUCACGCUGUCGAAAGUCUUUGAAUUGACGCCACUGCUUGCCAAUAAUAAGGAUAAAUGGGGUUUGGCACUGGACGGUCAGCUUAAACAUGAGGACACUAAUCUAGCCUCUAGUACCUUGUCUCGCAACUCAGUCGACGGGCAAUAUAGAAUUGCUGAUCCAUCUCAACGUGAAAAUUUGGGCAUUAUCGUUCAGUAUAAGGUGAAAGUUAAACUAUGCAUUGGUGGACCACUCUUGCCUGGUGAUCUUGUUGCCGAACUGCCGUUUAUACUAAUGCAUCCGAAGCCAGAAGAGGAGGAUUUAAGUGCACUUGUGCUGGAGCGCUCGCCCGGUAGAAGUGCAGCCGAUCGAAUAAACCAAGAAGGAUUACAAGAGAAUGCUGAAGUGCCCACCCAAAAUUUAAUUCAAUUGGAUGGUGACGAUGACUGCAAAGAUGAUGACAUCAUUUUUGAAGAUUUCGCCAGACUUCGACUUAAAGGUGCUGAAACUGAGGCCUAGAACCUGCUAAGGAAAAUAUUUUUUGUAUCUAAAAGUUGUUGUCAAUGUGUUAAAGCAAAAGUAAAAUCGAAAAUUAUUUUUAAAAAAAUUUUUAAACUGAAAAUUUGCACGCAGAAAUGGAAAAGAAAUGACUAAAAAUAAAAAUUCUAUGAAAGUUUUCAAUGAUAGCAAACUCUAAGAAAAUUAUUUUACUUAUAUUUGUUGAAAAAAAUCGCUGGACAUUUCUUGUGUUUGAUUUUUUUUUUUUUAUUGUUUUUAUGCCAAUUAGCAGGAGCACACAGAGUCAAUAUCAUUUUUAAGAUGCUUGUUUUGAAACAUGCAAAUAACCAAAGUUAGUUCUUAUACAGUUUAAAAAAAAAACAUUUACUCAAAAACGUGAGAUAAAGUCUAUUUCAUGGCGGCGAAACUUCACCUCAAGUUGUUGUGUAAAAUACCUUACUUGGCAAUGAGACAAAUAAUGAAAAUGUAUGUAUUUCACACAAGAAAUACCAUUUCCACCAUUUGUCCCAUUUGUAAGUAAAUGUACUAUGAAAAUGAAACGAUGCAGCAAUUUACAUGUUUCUUCUCUAAUUCGAUUAACCUGAAUCUAAAUCACGGUUCUGGGAUUUCAAAGAGAAGACAAUGUGAUUAUGAAACGUUUUGAAAGUACAUCGCCCGAUCGGCGAUUAUUGUUCUUUUUUAUAUUCCAUUUUAUAAACAAAAGAUUUCCGGCAAUCGAAAUUUUAAGAUCAUUGCUAAAAUAACAUAAUUCUUUCAACUAAGAAGUGAGCGGGUCUCUGUACAGAAUACUAAUUGAUUCACACACAGAAUUGCAUUUUUAUUUCUUCACAAAACACAAUUUAGUGUUAAGGGCGGGCGAUUUAGUGUUCAAUAAGUCAACCGACGUCAAGGUCUUUUUUCUUCAUUCAUAAAUUUUUGACAGGUGACAAUUUGUCAGUCUUCGUUCUCCUUUAACUUUUGUUGUAACAUAAAAUGUUAAGUAGAACGAAGACUAAUCGUCUCUAUCUCUGACUCUAAAACCAAGAUCGAUUUAAUUCGGAUCGAACUAGACUCAAAAAUUUCUAACAAGACCUACACGGGACGAGAAAAGACAUUUUCAUUGUACAAUAGAAGAUCGAGCUCAGACCAGACUAGUCCAGAAAAUAGGCAUGUUCACUGAAUAAUAACGUCAAUCGAUGAUAAAAUUUCAGAAUAUCAAUUAUCAAUCAACAUUCGAUUGAUAUUUAUUUUACGAAACUAUCGAUAAUUACGAAAUAAUCGAUAUUUUACCCAUCGAAUGAAUUAUCGAACAUGCCUUCGAGAAAACCAGACCAAAAAGUCUUUACGUUGAAAAGGCGAGCUACAUUGAAAACUAUAGCUCUCGAUCAACCGGAAUGUUCAGAUUCGGGUUUUCCAGUAACAACUUGACCGAAGUCGAGAAAUAAUGGUUCUGUGAUCCUUCCACCAAAUGCAACACCGCACAUAUUUACAGCGCCGCACUUAACAAUCUCCACAAAAUGUGUGGCUAUGUUCACGUUUAAAUGACAUUUGUAUUGCGGAGAUGUUUUUGCGAAGAUUGCAAAAGAAUAAUUUCGAACUGAAACGACAAUAUUAAAUUUUGUACAUUACCCGUUAUACGAGUGCUAUAAAUGUCGACCAAUCAGUAAUUUAAAGUAAAAAAAUGAAAAAUAUAUUUCCGGGAUACCGACCGAACACAAUUCAAUUUCCCCGGGUUUUUAUUAGCCCCACUCACUUCUGUCUUUCAACAGUGCAUCCUUAUAAAAAUGCUCAUUGUAUUUGUACUAAAUUGUGCGAUGUCAUAGUAAAAAAAAACUUUAUAGCACGGUGUUGAGCACAUAUUGUUUAAAAAUUUGUAUUUAGAAAUUUUUAUCGAAUAAGGAGCUAAAUUUGAUGUUGUAAGAGAUAAAGUUUCGUUGAACUGCAGAACAGUCAACAUUUUUUUUUUGUGAAAUUUUAAAAUUUUUAUAUAAAAAUAAUAUAAACACGAAAUCUGUCAACCGUGUAGCAUUGAGUGUUUCAGACGCAUUUAUAUCUAAAAAUUAGAAACUUUUAAAAUAGAUAUUAAGGAUUCGUUGACCUAUAUAACCAAAGUUUUUAUAUAUGUGUACAUGAAUAAUACAAAAAGAAAAAGAAAAAAAUAA